GACUUAUUUACUCAUUUUCUGAAUGGAUCUUCAAGAAUUGCAGCCGAUUGCUCUCAAAUAGUUUCACACUCAUUCAUCUCUAUCUUCUCAUCUCCCUCACCAAACUCUUCACCUCUGCAACAAUGGCGGAAAGUAUACCCGGAUUCAUGCUGUUCUUAACUCUCGCCUUUCUCAUCUCCCUUCGAUUUUCUGAAUCCACUGUGCCUCCACAAGAAGUGGUAACUGUCUCAAACAUUCUUGCUGACAUGAAUGCAACAAGUUGGAGAUUUAAUGGUGAAAGUUGCAAUCUUGAAAUGAUUUUUCAAGUCCCAAGAUUAUCAAGUGAAGCUAAUGCAAGCAUCGGAUGUGAUUGCAACAUUGGAAACAAUACAGAUUGUCAUGUCGUAAGGAUCACACACAAGUGGUAUAGUCUUGAUGGGAUACUUUCGCCUGAAAUGGCAAAACUUCCUUACCUUCGAUCAUUUGAUGUUGCUUACAAUUACUUACAAGGCACAAUACCACCUGAGUGGGGUCUAACACGGUUGCAAGACAUUUCGAUUCUUGGAAACCGUAUCUCCGGGGCAAUCCCACCGGAACUAGGCAAUAUUACGACUCUCACAAGGCUGGACUGUGAAGCAAACUAUCUUUCAGGAACAAUACCACCCGAAUUAGGGAAAUUAUAUAAUUUGAAACAUUUGAUGUUGUCCUCGAACCGGUUUACAGGGAGGCUGCCGCCGGCACUUGGUCAACUAGGAAACCUAACAAAUUUUAGGAUAAACGAAUGCAACUUCAGUGGGCCCAUACCUGAUUUUAUACAGAAUUGGAAACAGCUUAACAGAUUAGAAAUGGUGGCGAGUGGACUCACUGGACCGAUUCCUUCAAACAUAAAUCUUCUCGAGAGCCUAAUUGAUCUGAGACUUGGUGACAUAACUGGUCCCUCUCAGCAAUUUCCUCCCCUUGAAAAUGCGACAGCAUUAAUAAGAUUGAUCUUGAGAAUUGCAACCUUUCUGGAGAAUUACCGGAUUAUAUUUGGCAAGGAUGUAAGUUUUAACAAUUUAGUAGGGGGAAUAUCUGACAGCGUCCUUGGGAGGAGCCUACGAUACGUGUUUUUAACCGGUAACAUGCUAAGUGGAGACAUACCGGAUGAGUUGUUGGUAAACGGGGCUGCUAUUGAUCUUUCCUACAACAAUUUUACAUGGCAAGAACCUAAUCAACCCUCAUGCGAACAAAACACGAAUACAUACGUAAACUUGUUUAGAAGCUCUUCAACCGGAAACCCAAUACAAGAUGUGCUUCCAUGCAAGGAGGAUACCACAUGUCGUAGAUAUGCGUGUUCGGUGCACGUUAAUUGUGGUGGGAAUGAUGUGACAGUUAGAGAAAGUAACGGGCAAUCGGUUCUUUACAAAGGAGAUGCUGACGUGGAUGGUGGUGCAGCAAAAUUAUAUGAAAGUGACAAAAAUUGGGGAUUUAGUAGUACAGGAGACUUCAUGGAUGAUAAUGUUUAUCAAAACACGCGAUACGUUGAAUCUUUGCAAGGAAACACGAGCUUACCACAACUGUACACAACCGCACGUCUAUCACCAAUCACGCUCACUUACUUCAGCUAUUGUUUGGAAAACGGGGAGUAUUUGGUUAAUCUGCACUUUGCAGAGAUCGUAUUCAUUAACGAUACUACGUUUAGAAGUCUUGGUCGCCGGAUAUUUGAUAUUUAUAUUCAGGGACAACGGGUAAAAAGGAAUUUCAAUAUUCAAGAAGCAGCUGGUGGGUUUGGGAGGCCGGUGGUUGUACCGUUCAAUGCUAGUGUGACAAAUAACAUUUUAGAGAUACGGUUUUAUUGGGCAGGUAAAGGAACGACCCGUUUUCCUAGAAGAGGAGUCUAUGGACCUCUUGUAUCGGCUAUUGAUGUUGACCCAUACUUUAAAACUUGUUCGGAAGGUGGAAAAAAGAAAAACAAAGUUGCGGUUUUUAUCGGUGUUGGGGUUGCUGUUCCAUGUCUUGUAUUGUUGUUGAUUUUGAUCAUUUUGUGGCGGAGAAAAAGUUUCAAAGGGCGAAAUAGAGCCAAUGACAAAGAUUUUGAAGGAAUGUCGAUGAAAACAAUUUCGUUUUCGUAUAAACAACUUAAAUCAGCUACUGACAACUUUAGCCGUUCGAACAAAAUAGGGGAAGGAGGUUUUGGGCCAGUUUACAAGGGUACGUUGGGUGAUGGCACUGUGAUUGCAGUGAAGCAGCUUUCAGCUCAAUCAAGGCAAGGAAACCGUGAGUUCUUGAAUGAGAUUGGUGUGAUUUCAUGCUUACAACAUCCGAAUCUUGUUAAACUCCAUGGAUGUUGCAUUGAAGAAGAUCAAUUGUUGCUUGUUUAUGAGUAUAUGGAAAAUAAUAGUCUUGCAAACGCUUUGUUUGAGUCGAAAAAAAGUCUUUUGAUGCUGGAUUGGGCAACGAGGUUAAAUGAGGAGGAGAAGACUCACGUUAGCACCAGAGUUGCUGGAACGAUAGGAUACAUGGCACCUGAGUAUGCACUUUGGGGUUACUUGAGCGAUAAAGCAGAUGUUUAUAGCUUUGGAGUCCUGGCGUUGGAGAUUGUCAGUGGAAAGAAGAACAACAGUUACGUUCCAAUAAACGAUUGCAUUUGUCUUCUAGAUUGGGCUUGUCGAUUGGAAACGAGUAAACAAUACGAAGAGCUUUUUGACGAGAGAUUAGAGUCGAGAAUCAAUAAAGAAGAAGCGGAAACCGUGGUGAAAGUAGCGCUUCUGUGCACAAACGGUUCUGCGUCGGUGAGGCCGACGAUGACGGAGGUUGUAAGUAUGCUCGACGGGAAAACUUGUGUGCCGGAGAUAAUUCCGGAGUCGAAUGAAUACUCCGAAGAUCUGAGAUUCAAAGCGAUGAGAGACUUUCGACGUGAGAUGAAAGGUCAAAACAGUUACAGCGGCGGUCAAACUCAGACGACUAUUCCGACAGGUACGAAUUAUUCUUUGACGUCUUCUGAUGAUCAGUUUGAGAUCCAAUCCGUCGAUACCAGAUCCUACUGAAGAAGAUUGAGGUUCGAAUUUUUCGUUUUUGGUUGAACACAUAUUUUUUAGCAAUUAGGGUUUAGAUUGUUGGCGCAAUACAAAAACACGAUCAAUUUGAAUUUGUGUGUUGUUUCUUGUCUUGCGAGUAGCAAAUGGUUUGAAAACAUGUCAUUGAUGAUCCGGGGAGAAUGGAUCACGGCGUCACAGGGCGGCCGGCGGAGACUCUUGUUCCCUCCGGCUUCACAUUUUUUUUGUAUAUUUUAUAUAAUUUGUAUAAAUCUUAACGAAAUAGGCAGCUGUAUACUUGUAUAACUUGUGUAUUCUUAUACAAAAAAUAAUG